AUGGAUGAGGAGAAGAGUUUGCCCUCUAGUUUGACACUGGACCAUGGGAAGAAAGCGCUCCCUUGGCGCUUUGCGGGUCAACAGCUGUUGGCCGUGACCUUGGCGACGGUGUGCAGUCUCGUGGAUGCUUUCGCAUCGGGCCUCAUUCUGUUUCCCAGAUAUCAACAGGAUCAUUUGGGGAUCUGCAUGGUAAUGAUGUCAACGGCUGUGAGUCAGUUGGUCUUUGCUGUGCUCCAGCCAGACGUGCCCCUGGUCUCGUUGUUCAUCGUGGAGAACAUCCCGAUGCUCCACGCCAUGGCGAGCUCCGCGGCACAUCACCUCAAAGCCGAGCGGCCCCAGGCGGUGAUUCCCACCACGCUGGCGCUCUACACAGCUGCCACGCUUCUGACGGCCAUGGCCUUCUUGUUAUGUGGCUAUUUCAAGAUGGCACGAGUCUUCAAGUCCCUUCCAAAGCCAGUGUUGAUGGGAUGCUUGGGUGGCAUGGGCAUCUAUUUUGUGUUCUACGGCCUGGGCACCAGCACCGGAAUCGACUGGUCCUGGACCUUGGCGUCGUUCCGAGACCAGCUGAGACAUUGGCAGCAACUGCUGGUGACCGUCGUAUUGGAAUCGCUGCUGCUGUACUUCUUGGAACGAGCCAAGAAAAAGGACCUGGUGGGUGUGGUUCUACCAAGUUUCUUCCUCGCCGUGAUGGCUGGAAGCUGGGUGAUCUUGGCCGUCAGCGGCCGUUCCCUCGAAGAAGCACAGAACAGUGGCUGGUUCUUUCAGAAGAUUCCGUCCAACGAGCCGUACUUUACCUUCGAGUACAUCAAAAGCGUUGAUCUCGUGGCAUGGAAUGUUUUUCCAGAUCAGCUGCCUUUGUUCAUCGGCAUCAUGCUGUUCAGUUGCUUGCAUGUCCCUGUGAAUGUGCCGGCCUUGGCGGCAGUCACAAAAGGCAAGCAGGACAUCGACGCUAGCCUGAUGGCCCAUGGUGUGGCCAAUUUGCUAUCUGCCUGCUUUGGGUCCUUACAGACCUACAUGACCUUUUCCUCCAGUUUCUUGUAUUACAAGUGCGGUGGACGAGGACAGGUGAGCAGCAUUCUGCUGGCCUUGCUGUUACUGUGGUGUAUUCCUUGGAUCCCCAGCAUCAUCAUCCGCUUGCCACGAGUAGUGGCCGGGUGUUUGAUGAUGCACAUCGGUGUAGAGCUGUUCUUCGAAUCGGUCGUGGACACCCUACCUGGCCUGGAUUGGUUGGAGUGUAUCAUGCUUGUGGCCAUAGCACUGAUGUGUAACGUCGACUUCGUCUCGGGUUUCCUCCUGGGUCUUUUCUGCGCCUGCAUGGCAUUUGUGGCGCAGACCUCCAUGUCAGAGCCGGUGCAACUCACCUUCUAUCCCGGGAAGGGACUGAGAUCUCGAGUGCUACGGAGCAAAACUGAAACGCAGAUCCUGGAGGAUUAUGACCGCAGCGCUGGAUUUUUGAUUCUCAGGUUGCAAGGCGUCUUAUUUUUUGGCAACGCUCACUCCUUGCUCGAACAUGUGGAGAAUGUACGUUGCAGUGCUGUGAUCAUCGACUUCGCACAAGUCACCUCUAUGGACUCCACUAGCUUCGUAGAACUGGAGAUGGCGGCAAAGAUGUUGCAGCAACAACAGGUGACAUUGAUUUGUAGUGGCCUUCGGGAUCUCUGCAAGGUCAAGCGCUAUCCUGAGCUAUUGACUCAUGCUAUCUUCGUGAAGACUAUGGAGGAGGGCGUGACGCAGCUGGAGCAGUCCGCCCUCUCUGAGGCGGGGGACAGCCCCACCAGCGUCAGCAGCCACCGCGCACGCGAGCGCACGGCCAGCGCGCACGCGGCCAGCACUGCCAUGGUCCAAGCAGUGGCCACAGGGGAGGAGGUGGAGUUCUUCCAGGAGGCCUGGAAGGAGAUUUUGGAUGCUUUGCAGCUGCCAAUGGCGACAGCCGAGGGGUUGCAGAAGUUCUUCCAAUUCCAAUGCGCCAAGAAGGGAACGGUGCUCUGGACUGUGGGCGAUGAGUCAGAUUUCGCAUUUCUGCUGGUCUCUGGUCACAUUGGCGUGGUGGAUGACUUCUGUCGCUUAGGCGAUGCCGAGUCCGAAUUCGUGGAGACCUGCGUGCGAGGACAUUGGGUCGGAGAACUGAACCUCUUCACAGGGGAAUCUCGCAAGAACAAGUUGCUGGCUACCGAAGACCUUUCUAUGUGGACCAUCACCAAGACAAGUUUGGAUUCCAUGCAGCAGAACGCGAUCAACCUGGCCUUUGCGUUUCAAUCGUUGGCGCUUCGCUUUGCUGCUCACAGGAUGGCCGUUGUCACGGUGGAAAAGUUGACGGGGGAGGCCUUUGAGUUUAUCGUUGAUUUGGAUGACCAGGUGCAUGCUCUCAAGACCCAGUUGGCCGAACGCGUUGCUGGGCGCAUUGCUGGGCGCGCUCAGAUCCCUGCGAUGUGUCAGCGCCUGACCUUGACAACGGAUGAAGUGCAGAUUCGUCACCUGGCAGGGGUGGGACAUCCCAAGAAGGCGCUGGGAAAUCCCAAGAAGGUGAGAUUCGCAAGCGUUCCAGGCUGGGACCGAGGGACUGGGACAGGUAUGCAAUCCUUGGUGGAUCUGGUCUCUCAAUCGACCUUAGGCAUCCACUGGUGCUCGGUGGAACUCGAAGAUCAGGCUUUCUUGGUGCAGACCUUCGCACAAAGCUGCGCGGAUUUCGAUGAGUACCAGAAAGACCUUCAGGCCCUGAAACAAUGGGCUCGGCCUCCAAUGGUGGUGAUGGAAAUCAUGCAUGCGCUCUUCUUUCUCUUGGCCGGUCCGACCUUGGGCAUUCAUCUGGAGGAGGCAGAUCCAAAUCGGAUCAGCGAUUGGAGGCGAUUGGCACCGAUGUUGAGAGAUUGGCCAACAUUUUUGAACGCAGUGCAGAACUGGGCAGAUGAUGUUUUGGACGGCCGCAUCAGCCAUGAGCAAGUGAUGAAGGCCAAGAUGGCCGUGGACAGCGUGCCGAUGGACACCUUGCCGAGCUAUUGUCGCUUCUCCACGCGCAUGGCUCGCUGGUGCUCAAGGGCUCUCAAGUUCUACCAGCAGGAGAUGCAGCGCUUUUCUCCCAGCGGAGCGACGGCGGAGCUCUUGGACUUGGCGCCCUUGUCCGUGUACCUGGAGGAGAAGAGUCGUAACAGGAUGAAUGUGAUGUGUGAUCUUGGACCUGUGUGGUCCGCCCUGGAGGUGUUUCCAGGGACUCCCGAUGAGUUGUUCUCGGGGCUUGAAGCCUUGAAAUGGAUAGGGACCAAGAGCCCGGAAAAGACGUUGAAGGUGUUGGCUCCAUAUCUGGUGAUGCAGUACUAUGCCAAGUCGCGCUUGCUUCGUGCCGCCGCCCUGGCGGCGGUCCGCAGCUUUGCCCCUUGCACCGAGCACGCAGAGCGGCUGCUGGCGGCGCUGCCGGAGUUUCCAGGCCCAGAUCCAGCAGUCCAACGACGCGGCGGCUUCCCACGGAAAGAGGCCUUGCUUGCAGUGGCUCAUUUGGGCUCCCUGGGACAUUUUCCAAGCCUGGAGCGGAUCAUCUCGUCUUUGAACAGCGGCGGGGCGGAGGAUCGAUGGGAAGCCUUCGAGCUCUUCGUGCGCUUAGAAGGGCACUGUGAUGCCGAAGCUGUCAUUGGAUGUUUGGAGGCCGCUCUCUUUGAUCCCAAGUUUCGUGAACAGCAACAGGAGCACCCCAGAUCUCAAGGGCCGCUCUAUGACAGCCUGAAGCUGACCAGUCAGCGACAUGACAAUGCAGCCCGUCAGUGCCUUCUGCGCCAUCUCGACGUCGACGUCGCAGUCUGGCAGCAGGCGCGGGCGGCCACAGCGGCCAGGUAUUUUGUGCGCGGAGAUGAUGUAGAGAUGAUGGAAGCUCUGGAGGCCUGCAUGCUUCGCUCGCAGAAGCUCUUGGCCGUAACCUGCGCUUCCGCGCUGAUCAGCCUUGCGGUGGAGACGUACUCGAAAGCGAUGCCGGUUAUCUGCGCGGAGCUGGAGAAGGGCUUGAGUGAGACGGACACGCACGAUGCGCUGGCGCAAGUCAUGGACCAUGGGCGAGAGGGGGACGAGCACAUCAUCCGGAGUCUCUUACGCUUCUUGAGGAAGGGAAAGCGUUUGCUGCGAAGCCCAGACUCUGCGAAGCUGCUGCGCAGCGCCUGGAACGGCUUGAAGAAAGAAGUGCUCUUCGCCCUGGCCUCGAAACUUGCGACGAAACCCUCCGGAGAUGGACCCGGACUCAGUGCCGCCUCCGCCUUCGCGCGGGAAUUCAUGGCCAUGGCGAAGAUGGGAGGAGUGGAUGACCGCAUCUUUCGUGAACUGGCCAGGGGCUUCCAGCUUCAGGGGGAGAGUCGACAACUUUGCAUGAAGACCUACCAGAACUUGGCCUCGCUAGCAGAAUACAAGGUGAUGGGUGUCCAAGUGCUCCUACAAGAAGCCAAAGAUGAGAACUCCUUGCAGACGUCGAGGAUUGCCGCGCUUCAAGUGCUCGUCGAUCUUGAUGCAGAGAUCACUGAGGAGAUGGUCUCGUUGUUGCUGGAGUUGGCGGAGUCAACGGAUGUGGCGCUGCGUGCUGCGGCGUUGAGAUGCCUCAGGCCCUGGCUGAAGUCGGAGACGUCCAUCUCUGAGUUCCUUCUCAAGCAGUUGCAGGACAAGGACUCAUCGAUCCGACUCGCUGCGUUGAAGUCCAUGGGGAAGCAACAGGAGUUCCAGGGAGCCUAUCUUCUUUGCCUGCAGGACGAUGCUUCUGACGUCGUUCACCUCGCACUGGAUCUGCUCUCAGAGUUUCCUUCCCGUCAAGAGGACCAUCCGAUCAUCCGAAAGGGUCAGAGCCGUCCCCCAUGGUGA